AUGCGCCAAGGGCUUUCGGGCCUGGCGCAGACCAACUUCGGCGAGCUGGUGCAGCAGCACGGACUCGGUCCGGCCAAGGCCGCUGAACUGAUGGCAGCGAUGGAGCUCGGCAAGCGGAUCGCCUCGCUCCCCAGCGACGCACGGGCGCGGGUCUCAACUUCUGCGGACGUCGCGCACCUGCUGCUGCCGGAAAUGAUGUGGCUGAGCAAGGAGAGCCUGCGCGUCCUGCUGCUCAACACCCGAAACUUCGUCAUGGUCGUGCGGGAGGUCUACAACGGCACCAUAAACUCCGCCGAACGUCGCGUGUCCGAGGUCUUUCGAGAUGCCGUGCGGGAGAACUGCAAGUCCGUUAUCGUGGUGCACAACCAUCCCUCCGGCGACCCGACCCGAGCCGCGAAGACGUGCAGGUGA